AUGCUGAAAACGGCGGUGGGCUCAGUGGAGGAGAGAGAUGAGGAGCAGGAAGAUGAAGGUGAAGAAGAACUGAGGGAUGGGGGGGUGCCCUUUUUCGUGAAUAGGGGAGGCUUGCCUGUGGAGGAGGAAACAUGGGAGAGGAUGUGGCGCCAUGUGGCCCGAAUUCACCCAAAUGGUGAAGCUUUGGCAAAAGGGAUCCGGGGUGUCACUGACCUGCCCAAGAUUCCAAUACCGAGUGUGCCUACUUACCAACCUACCACCAGUAUCCCACAGCGUCUGGAAGCCAUACAGAAAUACAUCAGGGAUUUGCAGUACAAUCACACGGGAACACAAUUUUUUGAGAUCAAGAAGAGCCGGCCUCUUACUGCGUUGAUGGACAUCGCUAAGGAAAUGACCCGCGAGGCUCUACCAAUCAAAUGCCUGGAGGCAGUGAUCCUGGGAAUUUACCUCACCAACAACAUGCCAGGAGUGGAGCGCUUCCCCCUCAGCUUUAAGACUCAGUUCUCAGGGAACCAUUUCUACCACAUCGUGCUGGGGGUGCACAGUGGGGGACGCUUCGGUGCACUUGGCAUCAGCCGAAGGGAGGACCUUAUGUUCAAGCCCCUUGAGUUUCGAACACUGGUUGACCUUGUGCAUGAAUUUGAGGGGGCUUACCGGGGCUACUGGCAUACCCUGCGCAAGGUGAAGAUUGGCCAGUACGUGUCCCAUGACCUUCAUAGUGUGGAGCAGAUAGAAUGGAAACACUCUAUACUGGAUGUAGAUAAGCUGUCCAAGGAAGAAUUAAGGAGGGAGCUGGAGAGACAUACUCGAGACAUGAGGCUAAAGAUAGGAAAGCCUGCACCUCCUUCUCCCACCAAAGACAGGAGAAACAGCAUGGGUUCACCCCUCCGUGGCCCAAGCAGCCCCAUGCGCAGGAUCAGCCGCCCUGAGCGACGACCCUCUGGAGAGAAGAAGGUUUUGGAGCAGAAACCAUCCCCAGAUUUAAACGGAUAUCAGAUUCGAGUCUGA